UUGAAAUAAUAUAAAAAAGUUAUUUGAGUAGUUCAAAAAGUGUUGACAAGUGACAACUGACAGCGAAUUAUUUUGUGUGUAGCCAAGGCAUUUUGAUUUAGAAUCGGUCAAAAUAAAUAUAAAUAAAAUGGCACCAAGGCGAGGUGCUAGAGUAAUAAAAGUUGAACGGACUGUUGAUUACGAUAAUUUGACCGUUAAGGAAGUAUUAUGCCCCAUAUGUCGAAGUAUUCUGAUAGAACCAGUGACGCUACCCUGCAGUCAUGUAUUCUGUUCUUCAUGUUUUCAAGGCACUAUGGAAAAUGCAAACUUGGUGUGCCCCCUUUGUAGAAUGAGAAUUGGAUCCUGGCUACGAUCUUCCAAGAAAGAAAAUAAAUUAAUCAAUGUAGAAUACUGGAAUGCCAUCAAAAGAUUGUUUCCUCAACAGAUCAAGAAUAAAUUGGAAGGAGUUGAAGAAAAUUUAAGUUAUGAAGACCCAAUGAUCCAAAUAGCCAAGCCUGGCGAAUUGAAAAAAGAAUAUGAAACUCUGAUACAAAAAGAAACUGAUUCAUUCAAGAAAGAACGGGAAGCUGAAAUGAAAGCUAGUGAAGCUCUAAUCAAGAAACUCAGGGAAGAAGAGGAGUAUCAAAGAAUAAUAGAAGAAGAGAAAUUGAUGAUGGACGAGGAGAUAGCCAGAAAACUAGCUCAGGAAUUAAAUACUAUUGAAAAUAAAAAUAAUGAAGUUUCAAAUCUUCUCCUAUCAAACAAUAAUUCAAGAAAGAAUGGCCCAUUAGAUAGGUUUCUAGUGAAUUCAAAUAUGAAGAGUCCUGCAGUUCAACCAUGUUCUUUGAAACGAAGUGAAGAGAAAACAAUAGAUUAUUCUAAAAAAGAUUAUACUUGUCGUAUAUUAUGUCCUGAUAUAGGAAAUGAUCGGGUAAAAACAGAUAUGAAUAGGGCUAUUAUCAACAAAGGCCCACCCACUUUAAGUAUGUUAAACCAUCAAAUAAGUCUAGAACUACAACAAGUCUUAGAUUGGGGAGACCAUAGUGAUAGUAGCGAUUCAAUAGAAUCAGAGUGCCAAUAUUUUAAACCAAUUGAUUAUAGGAAAAGUAUUCCUUGUCAGAGAACUACCCCAAUAAGAGUUCCUGCAAUGAAAGGGGAAAUAAAAUCUAAGAACAUCAGUAAACCAAAAGGAGAUUGUAUUCUCAAGAGUGAUACACUAAACUCUGCUUUUGCCGCAUUUGGUAAACUUUCACUACGAGAUAACGGAGACAAUGAAAAAACAAGUAAACUUCCAAGACAAACAACUAAACGUAUAAGCCUGUCUAACGAAAAGAUUCAAACUAGUCCUCAGAAAGUGAAAAAUAUGAAUGUUAGUCCAGAAAAGAAGAAGUUGAAUAGUUUGUAUAAAGAUCGGUCUGCAGAGUUUUGUUCAUCUUCAAACACUGAAGAUCAGACUGAAAUCCAAACCAAAAGCAAGGUAAACUCUCUGGUAAAAAGAAAAUUAUCAAAGAAUUCACUUGAUUUUGGAUCUCCAAACAAAAAGAAUAAAACCGAUUCAAACAAUUCAUACAGCAGAUUUGUUGAUAGUCCGAGCUCCCCAUUUCGAGGUUUUUCUAAAACUGAAACAAAAGGCAAUAUAUCACAAAAAAGGUUCACAAGAAAUAACAAUACAGGAAUGAAUAUUGACGAGAAAAAAGUUAAACUUCAAGUUAAAUCUGACUAUGAAUUAGCUAAGAAAUUGCAAGAGCAUUUUGACAAUUCCAGCUAUUCAACCAGAAGUUCUGCACCAAGAAGAGGUACAAAAGUUACUAGACAAACCACACUUGAUAGUUUGAUAUCUAAAAAAUCAAAGUAUCAACAUUAGUUAUGAUCUUAUUUUUUUUUUAGUUUUUGAGAAAACUGUGUUGUUUUUCGUAUACCAAGUAUACUUAAUUUUCAGAGAAUUCUAUGAAAUAAAUGUUCAACUAUUUUAGUGCUAAUCUAUGGAUUGUUUUCAAUUCAAACGAGAUUUUCUAGGGAAGUUUUAGAUCCCAUGAAGAUGUGGUGCUAAUGUUUCAGAAGAGAUGGAGUCAUGCGUUAAUAUUUGUGAUAGAAUAGUAUCAUUUGAAAUAGUGGAAUAUGCCAUGAUAUUUUUAAAUACCUUUGUUAAGUAAUUUUUUCCUAUUGAGCACACAUUCAAUAGAUUAAUUCUAAUAUAUGUUAUUUUUAUCAAAAUUUGAAUUUUUUCCUUUCAAUUUUGUUUUUAUCUUGCUUAGAGAAAUGCGUUGGUUAUAUCAACAUUUUAAGAUUGCAAAUAUUUUUUCAUACAGGGUGUCUAAUUUAAGUGUCCACCCUCAGUAACUCAACAACGAAUCAGAAUUUGUGAAAACACUCAAACAGGUCAAUUUUUGAUAACAGGGAAAUAUGAUCUGGGAUACAAAGCUUAUUUCUACUAGCAACCCCCUGGAAAUGGCUACAACCCCAUCAAGAAUUUGAAUAGGGAAAGUAAGUAGUUUUGUAGCAAAAAUGUAUGCAUGGAUUAAAAUUUGUAUGAACCUGCAGUUUGUGUUCUAAUAAAGUUGAAUAUUCACAAAGUUACAGGGUCUUUUUUAUGAAAUUAUGGUACCGAUAAAACUGAAUGAAACAGAGAUGUUCUAAUUGAUCGUAUAAAUUUCUACUGAAAAGAAACUUUUCAACAAACAGUAACGUUUUGCAUCGGUCUGACCCUGUUUACGUUAGGCAUCGAGCAGUAGACAUUAUACGAUCAAUUAAAAAAUCUCUGUUUCAUUUAGUUUUAUCGGUACCAUAAUUCCAUAAAAAACACCCUGUAACUUUGUGAAUAAUAUGCACUUUAUAGACCACAAACUGCAGGUUCAUACAAAUUUUAAUCCAUGCAUACAUUUGUGCUACAAAACUACCCAUUUUCCCUAUUCAAAUUCCUGAUGGGGUUGCAACCCUCUUAGGGGGUUGCUUGUAGAAACAAGCUUUAUAUCCCAGAUCAUGUCCCCCUGUCAUCAAAAAUCGACCUUUUAAAUGAGACACCCUGUAUACAAAAUUUUUAGUAACAUCCCUCUAAAAAGUCUGAAACAAAUAAUUUUAAUUAAUUAUCCUUAGUGAUGAAAUGUAAUUUGAAAACAUACCUAUUUUUAACCCUAAUUGCACAAUUAAUUAAAUGUUAUUGAAAUGAAGUUAAAAAUUUUCCAAAAUCUCUCCUUCAUGGGGAUGUAAUGAACUUUGUUGUGGAUCAAUAACAGCAGUGAUACUAUUGAUAGAGUUCAAUGAGAAUUGGAAUCAUUUCAGUUUUUUUCUUGAGAAACGAAUUGAUAUACAGCCAAAUAUGAAUGGUAAUACUCUCUUAGCAAAGACCAAAACAAAAUGGUUCAUCUUAUCGAUUCAAAUAAGUAAGUCGAGCUGCUACGAAAUAUUUUGAGAUUUUAGUGCUAAAUUACCUGCCAUUUUUUCUUCAAUGUCCAUACUAUUUCAUCUUUUUUAAUGAUAACUAAAAUGAGAAGCGCUCUUGAACGUUUGGAGAUUUUUUUAUUGCAAAGUAUGCUCAGACCCUUUACAUAUGCUUCAUAUUUCAAUAAUAUAAACUCAAAUUGGUGAUGAUUAUUGUUACUAAUUAUAAAUAGAUCUUCCAUAUGAGUGAUUUGUCAAAAUCGUUGGACCUCUAUAUCGAAUAAUAAUUUGGGUAAUUUUUUUAAUCAUUCUGCUCUGUUUUUCAUUUCUUCAGAACCUACUAGUCAAGUGGGUGGUCAAUUAAAUAUGUUGAAAAAAUUUCAAGUUUUGAUCUUCAACAUCUUGAGAAAUCUGAGCACUACUCUAUAUUGGGUGAUAAUUAUUUGUGAUCAAUUAUAAUCUCUCAUAUCGAAAGAUUGGAUUGAAGUUGGUUUUCGUGUAAAAAUGUAAAUAUCUGAAUAUUAUGUACAUACUAUAUUCCAUCUCAGUUAUUCUGUUCUUUAGGCAACAGUGGAAAUAUGUUACUAUAAAGCUAUUGAUAUCGCUUGAAAACUCUUAUGCCUAUAUUUUGUUAUUAUUUUUUCUACAAUUGAUUAUUAACAAUGUUAGAGUUAGUCACUAUAGUGAUGUUUUAUUUUGAAAUAAAAUGUUCUCAAAGUGGUUUUUUGAAAUUGAA